GCAAAAUGCGCAGAGAGCAAAGACGGGGCCAUAAGGAGUGAGAAAAUGUCGGAAUUCCGAAAAACCCUAGCGCAGCAGCAGGAUUUUGUCCGACAGCACGUCUCGGUUCAACCGAACUCCGGCGUUGCCGAUGGCUCCACAGGCGAAAUUUUUAAUAGGACGACGACGACGACGAAGUCUUUGAAGGUCGUAAUCGCCGACCUCAACGUCGACCCUCCCGAAAGUGACGGCGAUGACUGUGCCGUCGUUGCUCCUCCUGAUUCCACCAGAAGCACUAACGACGAAAAUUGUGGAGAGAAAAUUACUGCAACCUGUAAAGACACUGAUGCUACAGAAGGAGACUGUCGACGGUUAAACAAAUUUUCAAAAUGUCGGUCAAGAAUUAACAAGGGAGAUUACCCUCUUGAUUGUGGACCUGAUACAGAUGCUGAUCACCAGUGCCAAGGGGUUCCUUCUUCCCGUGAAGAGAAAGUUAGCAGCCUCAAAACUGGUUUGGUACAUGUUGCUAGGAAAAUGCCUAAGAAUGCCCAUGCUCAGUUUAUACUUGGCCUUAUGUAUCAAAGAUUGGGUCAACCACAGAAGGCAGUUUUGGCAUAUGAAAAGGCAGAAGAGAUUUUACUCCGGUCUGAAACGGAGAUUGACAAGCGGCCUGAGUUUCUUUCUUUGAUGCAGAUUCACCAUGCACAGUGCCUUAUGCUAGGAAGUACAGGAGAUAAUGGCUCGGAUAAAGAGCUUGCUCCAGAAGAACUUGAAGAAAUUCUUUUGAAGCUGAAGGAGUCGGUGGAAUCAGAUGUUAGACAAGCAGCCGUCUGGAAUACACUUGGCUUGAUACUUCUUAGAACUGGCCGCCUACAGAGUGCUAUUUCAGUUCUCUCAUCCUUGUUGUCAGUCGCCCCAGACCACUUGGAUUCACUUGCAAAUCUUGGGAUCGUGUACCUUCAAAGUGGUAAUUUGGAGCUCUCAACAAAAUGUUUCCAAGAUUUGAUCUUAAAAGAUCAGAACCAUCCUGCUGCUCUAAUCAAUUAUGCAGCUCUUCUUUUGAGUAAAUAUGGUUCAGUUAUUGCAGGUGCUGGCGCAAAUGGUGGAGAACAAGCUUCUGUGCAAGAAGCUGUGGCUGCAAAUGUUGCGAAAGAGUGUUUAUCAGCUGCAGUAAAAGCAGAUCCUAGAGCUGCACAUGCAUGGGUGAAUCUUGCUAACGCUUACUACAUGUGUGGUGAUCAUCGAAGUGCUGCCAAAUGCUUGGAAAAGGCAGCAAAACUGGAUCCCAAUUGCAUGUCUACUAGAUAUGCUGUUGCACUUCACAGGAUCAAGGAUUCGGAAAGGUCUCAAGAUCCUAAGGAACAACUUUUGUGGGCUGCAAAUGAAAUGGCUUCAUUAAUUAGAGAUGGGGACUCCUCAGUUGUUGAGCUUCGAAUAGCAUGGGCGGGGCUAGCCUUGGUUCACAAGGCUCAGCAUGAGAUUGCAGCGGCAUUUGAAACUGGACAGAAGGAAUUGACUGAUGUGGAAGAGCGAGCUCUUUACACUUUAAAGCAGGCAAUAGAGGAGGACCCAGAUGAUGCUGUGCAGUGGCACCAACUUGGCCUUCAUAAUCUUUGCACUCUGCAGUUCAUGACAUCGCAGAAGUACCUCAAAGCUGCCAUUGCUCGCUGCAAGGAGUGUAGCUAUGCUUGGUCAAAUCUUGGGAUCUCGUUGCAGCUAUUGGAAGAUUCAUCACAGGCUGAAGAAGUAUAUAAGCACGCUCUUUCAUUGGCUGCACCUCACCAGGCACAUGCUACAUUUUCCAACCUUGGAAAUCUGUAUAGGCAGCAGAAACGAUAUGAACAUGCAAAAGCAAUGCUUGCUAAGUCGCUUGAACUCUGUCCUGGGUAUGCCCCUGCAUACAACAAUCUAGGUCUUGUGUUUGUUGCAGAGGGUCGGUGGGAGGAUGCUAAGAUCUGUUUUGAGAAGGCUCUCCAGUCAGAUCCACUGUUAGAUGCGGCCAAGUCCAACAUUAUGAAGGCAGAUGCAAUGUCUAGAGUAUGUGUAGCUUUGUCAACAUCUCAUACAUUACUCCGAAACUAGUGUAGCAAUGGCUGAAGUUGAAACUAUUGUAGAUGGUAGAAUUAGGGGUCUAAAAUUGUAUAUGCAUUUUUUGACAUAAAAUCAAGUAGCAUUCAUUAUGUAUAUUUGUAUCUAUACUAGCCCUGGACAGGAUUUCUUCCUC